CAGCGGCUCUUACAUUCGUUAAACAUCUUUACGUUAUAGUCUGUUUUCAAAACAAACCGGACAGUAGCGACAAAACAAUAGCGAACAAAUCUCAUCAGUUUGUGUCUAGCCCCGGACCAUCGUAACACUGCCAUUUUAUGGAUCUAAUCAUCGCAAUAUUAUAUCUAAGCAUUACGAGUUGUAACAUUCAAUGUCUUCCUAUAAGCAAUGGAUUUACAGUAAAGUUCAAUCCAUUAUCAGUGAAGGAAGAUGUUAGACCCAAAUCAUUUGGUGCGUUGUUCGCGAAAAUUCCUCAAGAGUCAUCACCCGAAGCUACUAUAAGAAGGGAAAUGCUAUCCAGUUCAUAUAUCCCUCUGGAUCCUGACUUAGGACCAGGAUGCACGAAUCAAAUAGCGAGAAUAAUAUAUCCAUAUAGAACUGAAUUUAACGGUUCCAUGAAUUGGGACAAUGCGAACGUUAUUAAUUUGCCGAUUAUAAAGCAAUCUAUCGACGAAUACAAGAUUCUAGUGGCAGUAGCGCCGCCUAAUGUUAAAAUUGGAGGAGAAAAUAUGCCUACUAUUGUGUACAUAAUAUUUCCUGAAGACGAUACAAAUGGAUCAAGUUCUAUGAAAAUACCUUCAGUAUAUUUCGUUAAUAAAGGCGACAGUUCCAUAAAUAUUGAAAGGAAACAGGAUAUUGAUCCUAUAUUUAUAGUGGAUAGUAACCGCACUGUAACCGGUCUGAAGAGUAGAGAAAUAGCAAAGUUUGUUAAAUUUAGAAAUAAGUUGAUUAAUAGGUACGGUUACAAUGUGGAUAAUUGAUGGAAGUAAACUAUUAUUUAAGUAUA